AUCGUGUUUUCCGUUUCCAGCGGAUCUCGGACUUUCCUCUUCCUCGUGCCGCGGCGGACCCCAACGUGUCCGACAACAUGGCAACUUACAAUUUCAAGAAGAUUAUGGUGGUUCCCACCGCAAAGGAAUUCAUCGACAUCACUUUAUCCAAAACCCAAAGGAAGACGCCCACGGUGGUACACAAGCAUUACCAGAUCCACCGUAUUCGUCACUUUUACAUGCGGAAGGUGAAGUUCACGCAGCAGAACUACCACGACCGUCUGACGCAGAUCCUCACCGACUUCCCCAAGCUCGACGACAUCCAUCCGUUCUACGCGGAUCUGAUGAAUGUGCUGUACGACAAGGACCACUACAAGCUGGCCCUGGGGCAGAUCAACAUUGCCAAGAACCUGAUUGAUAAUGUUGCCAAAGACUACGUCCGUCUGAUGAAGUACGGCGAUUCUCUGUACCGGUGCAAGCAGCUGAAGAGAGCCGCUCUGGGCCGCAUGUGCACCAUCCUCAAACGCCAGAAGUCCAGCCUGGAGUACCUGGAACAAGUCCGCCAGCAUCUGUCCCGUCUGCCGAGCAUCGACCCCAACACGCGGACCCUGCUCCUGUGCGGUUACCCCAACGUCGGCAAGUCCAGUUUCAUCAACAAGGUGACCAGAGCAGAUGUGGACGUCCAGCCGUACGCUUUCACCACCAAGUCUCUGUUUGUGGGUCACAUGGACUACAGAUACCUCCGAUGGCAGGUGGUGGACACCCCAGGGAUCCUGGACCACCCGCUGGAGGAGAGGAACACCAUCGAGAUGCAGGCCAUCACGGCCCUGGCCCACCUGCGGGCGGCGGUGCUCUACGUCAUGGACCUGUCGGAGCAGUGCGGCCACACCCUGCCGGAGCAGCUGGAGCUCUUCAGCAGCAUCCGCCCGCUGUUCGCCAACAAGCCUCUCAUCGUCGUGGCGAACAAAUGUGACGUGAAGAAGCUGAACGAGCUCUCUGAGGAGAACCAGAAAAUCUUUGCAGACCUCUCCGGUGAGGGCAUCCCCGUCAUCGAGACGAGCACCCUGACGGAGGAGGGAGUCAUGCAGGUUAAAACUGAGGCCUGCGACCAGCUCCUCGCCCACCGCGUCAACAACAAGAUGAAGGGCAAGAAGGUCCACGACGUUCUCAACCGGCUGCACCUGGCCAUGCCCAGCAAGAGGGACGAGAAGGAGAGGCCUCCGUUCAUCCCCGAGGGAGCUCUGACUCGCAGGAAAGCCAUGGAGGUGGACGCUCCCAAACGCAAACUGGAGAGAGACCUGGAGAUGGAGCUCGGUGACGACUACAUCCUGGAUCUGCAGAAAUACUGGGAUCUGAUGAACACAGACGAGAAGCAGGACAAGAUCCCUGAGGUGUGGGAGGGCCACAAUAUUGCAGACUACAUCGAUCCUGAUAUCAUGAGGAAACUGGAGACGCUGGAGAAGGAGGAGGAGCUGAAGGAGCGGGCCGGGGAGUACGACUCCGACGACGAGAGCGAGGACGAGGAGAUGCAGGAGAUCCGCGUUCUGGCCAAGCAGAUCCGCGAGAAGAAGCAGCUCAUGGUCAUGGCGUCCAAGGAGAAGGACGUGCACGGGCCUCGCAUGCCCAGGACCGCCACCAGGGUUGAGAAGAAGAAACUGGAGAAGGAGAUGGGUAACCUCGGCCUGGACAUGGACGACAAGGACGGAAGUCACUACGCUGAGCAGGCGCGGCGCUCACGCAGCGUGGCGAAGAAACGCAAGCGUGAUGCUUCUGCACCUCCGCUCUCUAAAACCCGCAGCCAGAGCGCCUCCCGUCCACCUCGAUCCCAGUCUGGCAUCCGGGAUCCAAAGAUGAUGAAGAAGACAAAGAUGAUGAUGAAGAACUCCCAGAAAGACAUGAACCGUCAAGGCAGGAAGGGCGAGGCCGACAGACACGUGUUUGACCUCAAACCCAAACAUCUCUUUGUCGGGAAGAGGAAGGCGGGCAAAACAGAUCGCAGAUAAAACACUUUUUUUUGGACUGUUGGGGCCUGGAUAUUGAGAAAGAUUGCGCCUUAAACAAACUGUGGAAAUUAUACGGAUCUGCUUACAUGAAUAAUUGUACUAAAACAGUGAUGUAUCUCAUCUGACAUUUGUGCAUAGGUCAACUGCAAAGAUCUUUGGACAGAACACCAGAGAUUAUUGUUAAUCCAGUGAGAUUUACACACCGAUGUCAGAUAUUAGUUGGUUAUAACCAAGUUUUGCUGUUGGCAGUAAAAGGAACUGUGGCUCAGGAAAUGCUGGGCUUACGUUGGAUAAAGUGAUGUCGAUGUUUUCUCCUCAUGGCUCAUAUUGAAAAAUAUUUACCAACAUGGGAGCCAAAUAAAUAAACCGCUGAAUUCAA